CAAGUUUGUCGUUUCGAUCGUCGCGUUGACUGGUUGCUGAACAUUUUAUAGUUCGUGUUGUCCGCCAUUUUGCAUUACUUAAAUAAUUUGCGUCGCUGUUGUUUAAGAUAUAUUAUCCUUUAGACUUAGUAGACAAAGUUAAACUGUGAUACAAAGACUUAAUUAAUUAUAUAAGUGUUCUUUGUUAUUUAUUGAUUUUAUAUUUAUUUAAGUGAAUUAGUUUAUAUUACAAUGGGUAGAAAGAAGAAGAAGGCGUCGAAACCUUGGUGCUGGUAUUGCAACAGAGAAUUUGACGAUGAGAAGAUAUUAAUACAGCAUCAAAAAGCAAAGCAUUUCAAAUGUCAUAUAUGUCACAAGAAAUUGUACACGGGUCCAGGGCUGUCAAUACACUGCAUGCAGGUUCACAAAGAAGCCAUAGACAAAGUUCCAAAUUCUUUACCAAAUAGGUCAAAUAUAGAAAUAGAAAUAUAUGGUAUGGAAGGUAUUCCCCCAGAAGAUGUGAAGGAGCAUGAGAAACAAAAGACAGGUGGGGGGAAAGGUUCAGAGAGUGAUGAUGAUGAGCCGGCGGCUAAGAGAAAAGCUACUCCCGCUUUGUUGGGUCCGGGGCCAUCACAAGUGAAUCCCGGUAUCCUCCCGACUCCGAUGGGUCAGAUGCCUCCUGGGAUGUAUCCUGCACAUAUGCAAAUGAACCAUAUGAUGCCACACUUCAUGCAUUCACCUCGAAUGAUGAUGCCUGGCAUGCGGCCCUUGUUCCCAGCGGCCAGUGUCCAGACGUCCACACCAAACAAACCUACCUUCCCUGCAUAUAGCAAUGCAACGAUAAGCGCACCGCCCACGACAUCGAAUUCUGAUCCCAAAGAGAACGGUGACGUCAGACCUCCCGCGGCCAACACCUGUCCACUGGUGACGUCCACCGGCGCCGGCUCCAAGAUCAUUCACCCGCCGGAAGACGUGUCGUUAGAGGAAAUAAGAGCGAGGAACCCCAAGUACAGGCCCAAACCCAAACCCGACACUCACAUCCAGAGCGCACCCGCUAUGAUCACACCCACCAGCCAAGCAGAGGUGGCGGCCCACAUGUCCGCGGCGGUGGCGGCGGCGCGGCAGCAGGCCAUGCGGCGGCCGCUCAUGCAGCCCGUGGUGCUGCAGCAGCCGGUCCGCGUGGGCGUGCCCGUGAGCGUGCCGCCAGUCAUGGGCAUGUUGCCCGUCAUGCCGCAGUUCAACCUCAUGCGCCCCCUGCAGCCGGGCAUGCUGCUGCCGGGCGGCGUCAUGCCCGUGGGCAUGUUCCCGGGCGGUAUGGGCGGCAUGGUGAUGCAGCCGCGGUACCGCUAGCGGCAGGUAAGCGCGGGACUGUCGGCCGCAUCCCCUGCGAGGCGCAGGCGACUUCCCGUCACAACGAGCGUUGUUGGACGCGACCCCCAGUCCCGCGGAGUCCGGCCCCUCACCGACCGUGUGUCAUGACGGCGACUUCUCGAUUGUAUAUUUGCCUUGAAUUUUUUUUCUUCCUGAGCGUUCCCACGUGAAGUUGUGACGUUUUGCCUAUUCUUGUAGAAUUUUGACCGUUUUACUCAAUAAAUGCUCUCGACUUGAA